CAAGAGCGCGAAUUUGAUCGUGCCUUGACACAGUAGCUGCUGUGUGAGACACGUAAUGUGCGUCAGUUGAAUGUUUAUGUGGACGAAUUGGGAAGCGCUGCUAGUUUGGGAGGUACGUGGCUGGAAUAGAGUCUCAAUUUGUCACGUUACAGCAUGGCGGUGCCGUUUGUACAGGACUGGGACCUUGUUCAGACACUUGGUGAAGGAGCUUAUGGAGAAGUGAGGCUGCUGGUCAACAGACAGACUGAGGAGGCGGUCGCAGUCAAAGUGAUCGACACCUCGCAAGCUAAAGAGUGUGCGGAAAACGUCAAGAAGGAAGUCUGCGUACACAAGAUGCUGAACCACCACAACAUUGUGCGUUUCUUUGGCCAUCGUAAGGAAGGAACUACCGUCUACCUCUUUUUGGAGUACUGUACAGGAGGCGAGCUGUUUGACCGGAUUGAGCCCGAUGUGGGAAUGUCAGAGAAAGAUGCUCACAAAUUUUUCCAGCAACUUGUAGCCGCUGUGGAGUACCUCCACAAAAUCGGCAUCACCCACAGAGACAUAAAGCCAGAGAACAUUUUGCUGGAUGACAAAGACAACCUCAAGCUGUCCGAUUUUGGCCUCGCAACCAUGUUCCGCUUCAAAGGACGGGAGCGGCCGCUGAAUCGUCUUUGCGGGACUCUCCCUUACGUCGCCCCAGAGCUGUUGAGCCAGACCGAGUACAAAGCUCAGCCUGCAGAUAUCUGGGCUUGUGGGAUAGUGCUGACUGCGAUGCUGGCAGGAGAAUUGCCGUGGGACCAGCCCUCUGAAAUCUGUCAGGAGUAUUCAGAUUGGCUUAAGAAGAAAACUUAUCUGCCACCCUGGAAGAAAAUACAGCCAAUGACUCUCUGUUUGUUGUCCAAGUUACUGUUGCCCAACCCAGAAGAACGCAUCACCAUUGCGAACAUCCAGAAAGACCGCUGGUUCGCUCAAGGGGUGAAACAGCCACUAGGUUCUCUAAGCUCAGGUGCCAACAAAUACCACAGAGCCGAUGAUGGAGUCCUAUCGCGAACCAGCAGCGAUGACAAGAUGCAGUUCUCCAGCUCCCAGCCCGACCUGGCCGUGGGAGGCUGGGAAGCCAUGCUGUUCAUUGGCCAAUCGGACGGUCAGGUCAGCUUCUCUCAACCUACCAAACCCGAGCACAUGCUGCUGGGCAGUCAGCUGCUGGGAACGCCGGGAGCCAGUCAGACCCCGUGGCAAAGAUUAGUGCGCCGAUUGACGCGUUUCUUCACCUCUGAGAGUGCUGACACCUCGCUGGCUUCGCUAAAAGGCGCCUGCGACAGCCUGGCCCUCUGCUACAAACUCACCGGCAAGAAUCAGGUGACUGUGAGCACACUGGACAAACGCAAUAGCAAACUCACUUUCAAAGUCCACUUACUGGAAAUGAAUAAAAGAGUGCUGUUAGACUUUAGGCUGUCCAAGGGUGAUGGUCUGGAGUUCAAGCGCCUCUUCUUGAAGAUAAAGCAGAAGUUGUGCGACAUCAUCUGCACUCAGAAGAAUGCAUUUUCUAUUACAUGAGGCUACUGGUGACUAAACAUAUGAACAUGACAGUGAAGGAGGGCGGUACCUGUAUAUAUGUAGCUGUUAAUUGUUUAAUACAAUGUUUUAAAUGCGUUCUCUUCAAGUGUCCUUCUGCUUCUUCGUUAUGGUUUGUGUUUGUCCCCCCACUUCCUGUUGUCAUGAUUGGUUUUUAGAAAUAACUCAGACAUGCUAUGCCAACAAUCCAUAUAGAAGUUACAUCUCUGUUCAGCCUUUGUUCUAAUUUUGCUGUUACUGUUCAAUAUCUUUAAUAAAU